AUGCUAAAGUCUGAUAUAAAUCUAAGGGUUAGGGAGUUGGAUACUUUGAUUACGCUAAAAUCUAGUUCAAAUGGUUUAAAAGCUAGUAGGAAUUUACCCAUGAUGAGUUCAGUUAUAUUGAAUAAUAAUUCUUCGACUAAUCCAGCAGAGUCUUUAUGGAAUAAUAAUAAUUGUGGUGCCAAUUUAGAUCCAUUUCUAAAUUCAAUGCUUAAUAAAUUCCAACAUAACUUGGAAUUGUCACUGAUGGAUACCUUAAAAUCUGGUAGUAACAGUAGCAAUAACAACGACAAGAAGGUAAACCACAAUGUACAGGACGUAUCAUUGAAAAUUAGUGAACAAAUGUCACAAUUUAAAAAAGAAUUACGCAUUUAUGAACAACAGAAAUGUAAAGAGUUCCAAUUAAGAAUGGAGCAGGCUUUAGCAGAGAAUAAGAAAUUGUCAAAUCAAAUAGUAAAACUACGAGAAAGAUGGGAUAGUUUAGUUGAAAGUGCAAAGCAAAAACGUAAUAGACAAAGAUGA